AUCAUAGGGGGCCCUGACAAAAAUAAAAUAAGAUAAAAAACUAUGGUCGGGAAUCCCCAGUGGAAUUUGAGAAAAAAGAAAACAAAAAAAAAAUGUUUGGAAUAACUGUGACCGUGGCCGUGGAAGAUGAACUGAACCUUCACCGCCUCUUCCUGAAGAUUUUUUUAUCGAACAGUUUGUCGGCGAUACACAGCCCCACUCCUGUAUAUAUUCAUGCAUGCAUAUUCGAUCCUUGCUUGUUCUAUUCAAAUCUCAUCUUUCAAAUCCCACUCCUUUUCUGUCAAAAACCAAAGCGUAAUGAGCCCAGAAGAAGACGAUACAUACCCAAAAUCACCUCACAAAUAUUCUUCAGUAAUGGAUUGUCAGCAGUCUUCUAGUGCAGGGUCGAUAUUUAUUGAAGAUUUAAGCUUCCCUGCUGCCGCAUCUUCUCCUUUAAUGGACCUGGAGGCUUUCUCCUAUGUAAGCCCGACGACUUCAGCUCAUCCAGUAUCAUCAUCGGGGACUGCCAACGAGGUGGAUGAGGAAGAGGAGAUGCCACGUCCUCUUGCGUGCUUACAGGAGAAUCCAGUACCGCCUUUUCUAUCGAAAACAUAUGAUCUGGUGGAUGAUCGGAUGCUGGACCCAAUAAUUUCGUGGGGUUCCAUAGGGGAGAGUUUCGUGGUGUGGGACCCCGAGGAGUUCGCCAGGCUUGUUCUCCCUCGGAAUUUCAAGCACAACAAUUUCUCCAGUUUUGUCCGACAACUCAAUACUUAUGGAUUCCGCAAGAUUGAUACUGAUCGAUGGGAGUUUGCCAAUGAAUUUUUCAGAAGAGGCGAGAAGCAUCUGUUGAAGAACAUUCAUAGGCGCAAAUCAACACAGUCCCAGCAGGUUGGGAGCCACACGGGGUCUUUAACUGAAGCAGGGAGGUCUGGAUUGGAUAGUGAGGUAGAAAGAUUAAGGAAGGAGCGGAGUGUGAUGAUGCAGGAAGUUAUAGAACUGCAGAAGCAGCAGUCUGGGACUGUUCACGAUGUGCAAUCAGUAAAUCAGAGACUUCAGGCAGCAGAGCAAAGGCAGAAGCAGAUGGUUUCGUUCUUGGCGAAGUUGUUUCAGAAUCCAGCAUUCUUAACCCGUCUCAAGCAAAAGAAGGAACAGGGAGAGAUUGGUUCAUCAAGGAUGAAGAGGAAGUUUGUUAAGCACCAGCAACACCAACACCAACACCAACAUGCCCUACCUGAAUCAUCAAUGGAAGGGCAGAUUAUGAGAUACAUGCCUGAUUGGAGAAACAUCACAUUAUCUUCUGUGGUCCCAGAUACAAGUCCAGCCUCUAUUGAUCAAUCUCCUGAUUAUGUCUCAGAAGGCAUGGUAGGCCUGGGUCUUGGCAGUGAAGCAAUGCCAUUACCUGAAAUUGUUGCACCUGAUGAAUUUGCCAUCUCAGACGAAUUAGGAUUGGGACAGGGAUUUAUCAAAACACCAGAGCAGGUUGGAGAAGGGCAAUCAAGCAUGCAAUUUGAAGACCCCGAGCUCAAAGGAAAGAUUGAUAUGAGCCCGCAAAAUGAGGCUGGUCUUGAAUAUUUUGUCUCUUUUCCUGAGGAUUUGGGGAUGGAGAAAAGCUUUCCAGAAUUAUCUUCCCCUGGCAUGGAAAGAAUUGUUAAACAAGAGGAUGUAUGGAGUUUGGCAUUUAACACUAGUGCUGGUAUGUCUAGUUCUAGCAAUGUUUCAUGGGAUAAUUUUGUCGGAUAUGAUAUGCCAGAGUUGGGAUCAACAGGUGGCUUCUCAGAUAUCUGGGAUAUAGGUUCUGGACAAGCAGGAGGAGGUUUGAGCAUGGAUAAGUGGCUGGCUGAUGAAAGUCCUGUUGAUGAGCCUGAUAGUCAAGCUGGCCAGCCAAAAGAUGAUAAAUAAAUGAAUAUAGACCUAUUGGGUUUCAUUUACACCAGCACGGUGUGACCCGUGUAAUAUAGUUUAUAGAUCAUAGGGUCUAAUAAUUGGACAUCUCUCAUAAAUAUUAUUUGAUUGAGAACCAAAUCUCAUUAUUUUAAA